AUGGGUAUUAUGGAUAAAGUCAAAGAUGUCAUGCCCGGCAAUCAAUCCGGCAGCGGAGGCCAACAUUCCGAAUAUUCCAAACCAGGUAACGACGACUACAACAACCCAUCAUACAACCAAGGAAUGAUGGGUGAUAACUCCCAACGGGGAACCUCAUUCGAAUCUUCAAGAGGAUCCGAUCUAGGUAUGGGUUCUCCGAAUGAUACCUUCUCAGGUGCCGGUGGUACUGGAGCGGGAAACACUGGAAGAUUUGCUGAUCAAGGUUCCGGAACUGGAAUGGGCACGACUGGAUAUGGUAAUACUCGAGAUGAUGAGUCUGGUGAGAAUAUGGGAAUGGGAAUGGGUGGUAGAACCGGUCAAUCUGGAUAUGGAGAUGAUAUGGACCGAUCUGGAAAUAGAAUGGGAAUGGGUCGAGAUGAUGAUAAUCUCAAUAACAUGUCAGGUAGGGGAGAUAUGACUGGCGACGAUUUUAACGCCUCUUCUACGGGAGGUACUCAAAACCUCAGAGGAACCGGAGGUGGCGGCGGUAUGGGUAUGGGACAAACUCAAGGAUACGGUCAAAGUCAAUCUGACUACUGA